ACAAACGGAUUUGGACCAGAGAACGCACCAGGUAGAGCUGAUGGGUCGCAUCAGCCAUGCAAGACAGUGUUCGUACCUCUAGGUGAUGGACCGAAGGACAAGAGGGGCAACAAGGAUGCACCCGAGAUCGUACAGUCAUGGCGACAACCGCGAUAUGUUACACAUCGACGGUCACCUCGACCAGACAGCUUUAUUACGACAACAUUACGAGAACGGCUUGAGCAAGUCCCCGUUCACCACACGCGAGGUGUUCUCCUUCAUGCGUGCAUUAGGAAGUGACUCGCAUCUCGACAGGCUGGGCAACAUGUCCUCCUAUCUGGGGCCUGGAAAUUACAACAAGGACCAAACGAAUCUAUUCGAGGCCUUGCGAAGACUAAUGAAUCAGCCCUGGACGCCAUGGUGGAAGAGAAUCUGGACAGUGCAAGAGGUCACGAUGCCUAAAGACGUAUUGAUGGUCUGCGGCUCAGUCUCAGCGCCCUUGGGCAUGUUCGCAGAAGCAGCCUCGAUGUCCAUGCAACACAGCAGUACAUACUGCGCAAGGAUCGCUGCGUCAGUCCAACGUGAUUUGUGGAUGGUGCUCGUUGAUUUCAGCAGCCAGGUGCGCGACAUCCAGGACAUCCGCUCCGCCUAUGCGCGUCAAGAAGCCUGGUCCGCAUCAGACACCUACGGAAAUGUCCAGUUGAAAGAUAUGGCUUUACUACGCUUCUUGGAACGGUUCCGCAACCGAAAAGCAUCUGAUCCGCGCGACAAAGUGUAUGCCCUGCUCUCCCUCGCUAAGACGAUUGGAGGAGGACCGCACAUCGUCCCUGACUACACGCUGAGUGAUAGAGAAGUGUAUGCACAAGCGACGUUUGCGAUAAUGCGGGAGUCAAAGUCUCUUGCGGUCCUGAGUACCGACACAGGCAGGAAGUUCCGGCAGGACUUGCUAAGCUAGGUGCCCCAUUGGAGUGCGCCAGGUACACAAAGUAGCGAUAUCCGCGCUGAUGCGAUUCUUUCGUACCCCUUCCUAGGUCUGAAGCGGGCUUCCACCUUUCCAUUCCGGAUGAAGGCGGAUUCGGUGCUGCAAGUCUCUGCUUCGCCUAUAGACGUGGUAUCCCGGGUUGGGGAGGUCCUACUGGGCGACAGUACGCUCGUUACCCGCGAUACUAUCUCUAACUGGUUGGAUGUCUGUCUCAUCGCUUCGUCCACUGGCAUGUGGAAGCGGUUCUAGGAGCUCCUCUGCGCCGACAUAUUCUGCGAAGA